AUGAGUGUACCGGGCGGUCGUGUUUUGAUUUCAAAUUUGCCAAUGUCGUAAAAAUGUUAAAGUUUUACAUGUGAAAUCAGUGUUCACGAACUAUGAGUUAAGUUUAUGGUGAUUAUUAUAAGACUUGAGAUGGUUAAAUAAUUUCAUCAAUAUUAAUCGGCAUCAUCAAUCAUAAUGCAUAAAUAUUACUUUUCUAUGCUGCUGGUGAGAGUUGUCUUGCCAGCUGGACUACUCUUAAGUAUAGCAUUACGACCUUUCGGGCUUUCGUUAUUAUAUCUUCUCCUCUACCUGUUAGCGCCGCUGACGCAAAUACCCGAUUCUCAAACGUUCUCGGGAUGGGGAGGAAAAUAUCUACUUCUGAAUGUGGUCGUUUCAUUCCUCCUGCUGCUAUGUCACGCUGUAUGGCACAGCGUCCUGGCGGCUUUUACACCAUACGGCUCUCUUCUAAACGAUUAUCCUAUAAUACGUGAUAUCGGACAUAAUCUCGGUCUCGUGUCGUAUGAUGGCAUAGAGGCUCUAAUGGCCAUCCAUUAUUUGGCACCAGAGCUUGUCAUGACGGGAUCAUCAUUGGUAGUGUACAUUCUAGUAAGGAAAUUAUCAAAUGUGCCCGAUCCUGAACUACAGAAGAAAGAUUUCAAACAUCAACGGUAUCCACUUCUAACAAGUGCAGGAAAAUACUUGUGUUUAUUCCUUAUAAUGUUCUCCGGGAUAAUGCGGCCUAGUGUUACAUCGGGAAUUUACUUUCUCGUGUUUAUGGGUGCGGCUACUGCCUGGGCCGUUGGUCGUCCCUUGGAGAAGGGCUUUGCCGUUGUUGGAAGAUGUCUCAUGGCCAUAAUGGCGACACACAUAAUGGUUUUGCUUAUCUACCAGUGCUCAUGGCUAAUAGAACUAUAUCCCCCUGAAAUGGACUUUGCAAGGUACUUUGGCUUGACGAAAUUGGUGAUUAUUACCGAAAAAAAUCCAAUGGGAUUCAUAUAUGAAGUGACAGAUGAUCAUAUGUGGGCAACUCUAGCCAGUCCACUGGUUAUACUCGUCACGUAUUAUGUUCUAGCCAUCGAGACACGAGAACUCUUCAAACCCAAGGCGAAAAAAAAGAGCGCCCUGACCGGUGUAGAGGGUGGCAAAUUGAACGGGUCUCUGGUCCGAGGGGUGUCGUUUCACCGCGGCAGCCGGCGAGGCGCCCGCGACAAGUGGAUGAACGCCACUAAAAAAGUCCGACUAAUGCGGAAUAUAAGUCCGAAUAAGCGUUGGUCAAGUAUGCGCUCUGGAUCCGUAACAAGACAGCUGCACCAAGAUUCUACUGGGUCUGUGGUAGUACCGGAUGAAGAAUCUAUAAUAGAAGAAGAGGAACCCACUCUGUUGGAUGACAUUAUCGCUGCGAUAAUUGAUUUUUUCCAAGUCUUGAUCAGGUCCUCAUAUAUAGCGACAACAAUAACGAUGAUGGCUUGGAGCAUCAUGUUUCAUUCUUGGUUGACGUUCGUGUUCCUGAUGUGGGCCAACAUAGUGUGGCUGUGUCAGGAUCAGAGAUCGUUCAUGUUGAAGACCAGUCCUAUACUGGUGUGCUAUGCAAUGUUACUGCUCCUCGCGCAAUACAUUUACGGAAUGAACCUGCUAGAGUCGGAAUUGCCAUCUAAUAUAACGGAAGUGAAUCUCCGUCAGAUCGGUGUGGGUCGUGCCGAGGGCGAGCCCUGUGUCCCGUUGUUGAUAAAAGCGUUGUUCACGUGCAUGUUCUGGGUGACGCUCCGGCAGCGAGUGCAAGAGAUCAGACAGAGACGACAAUCGGCGGUCAUAACAGAUAUGGCCGCCCCCCUCCAGCUGACCGUCUCCACUGCUGCUAGCGUGCUAGAGGCGCAGAGGGAGGAGGAGAGCCGGUCCCGCUUGCUGCGCGCGCUCGGCGAGUGGCUGCGGGCGAUGUGCGCUCGCUACUGGAUCUACGUCGUGGUCAUCAUGCUGUUCGUCAUCGGCAUCACCGGGGACCGUAUGACCAUUUUCCGGAUCAUAUACAUGUUCCUGUUCCUCGGAUUUAUUCUCAUGUUUCAAAUAAGUUGGUAUUGGUGGCGCCGACUAAUGUACGUGUUCUGGAUAACAGUCAUCAUAUAUUCGAUGAUCAAUCUAAUUCUCAUAUACGUUUAUCAAUUCGACAACUUCUCGAAGACCAUAGAAGAGUAUCUACUGAUCAAUGAGAGAUUACAACACGACCUCGGCCUGGAACCGUAUCAUCCCGCCGACCUCUUCGUCAAAUUGCUCACACCGACGUUGUUCUUGAUAAUAACGAUAAUGCAAGUACACUAUUUCCACAAAGACUUCAUGGCGCUCUCGGAUCCUAAGACCAGAACCAAUAGUGUAGUGAAAGAGCCGGAGUCCAGUCGACCGAGCCAAGCCGGCAUUUCGACAAUGAAAGAUGACCUUCCUCAACUUCCUUUAGAAGAAGAGCAGCCGCCCUCUGUGGAAGGUAGCAUGACGGAAGUUGAACAUUCACUAGAGAUGUCCUCGGUCAACAACGGGGCUAGAAGAUCUAUACACAGGAAGGCGUCGCGCAGUCGCUCGUACGCGCCCACGGUGACGGAGCGGGCGUCGAGCGGGCUCAGGGCGGCGCUGGCGGACGCGCUCUCCGCCGCCCGCCGCGCGCUGCGACACUGGACCGACAAAGUCUUCGUCUACCUCGACAUACACCUCAUCAAGAUCAUAUUCCUGUCCCUCAUGCUACUCUGUGUCAUGAAUGUAUGCGCAAUGCACGUUCCCAUCAUGAUAAUAAUAUCACCAGCUCUGUGGUUCAGUUCGCGGAAACAAAGAAUAUGCGUGUUAUUCAUAUCAACUCUAAUAAGCGUUUAUUUUAUGGCGAAAAUGGUCUAUCAGAUUGAUUAUAUCAAACAUUCUUUGUUCGAAGUUAAUUGUACCUCAGUUGAAGCUAACGAGACAUCGACGAACAUAGUCACGAACACGUACAACAACGCAGAAUGGAUCGGGUUCCACAAGGCGACACGUGAGAAACCUCUAGUGGUUCUACUCAAAGGCUAUAUAGGACUGAUAGCUGUGUUUACGUUCUAUUCCUUGGUCACCUAUCGACAACAGACUAUAAGGGAAUUAGAAAUGACGCCUAAAGAGAGAGAAAAAGUGAUGUUCCCCGAUAUCACGCGCAAGGACGCCGACAAAGACUUGAUCCACUGCAUUAAAUAUUUAGUUAAUUACGGAUUUUACAAAUUCGGAGUGGAGGUGACGCUGAUCUGCCUGAUAGGCGUGAUCGGGUCCCGCAUGGACGUGUACGCCGUGCUGUACGCGGCGUGGCUGCUGGCGCUGGUGGCGGCGCGGCGGGCGCGCCAGGCUCGGCUGUGGCCGGCCUUCGCCUGCUUCGUCACCUUCUUCGUGCCCGUGCAGUACAUGGUGGCGGUCGGCUUCCUGCCGCAGCUGUGCGUGUCCUACCCUUGGAGUGGGGAUUCCUCGCGCAUGAAGCACAUCCGCACAUGGUUGUUCCUGCCGUACGCCGAGGAGCCCCCGCACGCCAUCAAACUGAUCUUCGAUUACUUCCUGUUGCUGUUCGCGACGAGACAGCUCCGCGUGUUCCGGCUCGAGAAAGCGCACGGCGCGGAGUAUCCCGGCGGCUCCAACAGCGAAGACAUCGGCAAGGACUGGGAAACUCCGAAUUUCGUCAACCCUGUUCCGGACUUCCUCGGUUGUGUGACUACGUGGCUGGACGUAGUGAAACGCAUGGUGUUUUUGGGGAUGCUGUGGGUUACUCUAGCCAUAAUGUUCAUGACGGGCACCAACCGAGUCAAUCUUUUCUCAAUGGGAUAUCUAAUCGGCUCGUUUAUUUUCCUAUGGCAAGGAACUGACUUUUAUUUGAGACCGAAAGAAGCGAUUUUACAGUGGUGGUCGUGGCUACUUCGGUACAACGUGUCCGUUGUAGUGGUGAAGUCGUUGCUGCAGAUACCGGGCUGUCUGUUCAUCUCGGUGCUGCAAGAGCACGCCUGCUGGCUGGUGCAGCUGCUGGGUAUCGGCUGCGUCGACAAGUUCGCCGGCGGAAACAUCGCCAGGUUCAUCAAGAUGAACUAUGAAAAGGAUCCUAUAUGUUCGGUGCCUCAAGAAGACAUAGGACUCGCUUGGGACGGAGUAUGUUUUGCGUUUCUGAUAUUACAGCGCCGUCUGUUCCAUAGCUAUUAUUUCUUUAGAGUCAUCGAUGAAAGUAAAGCCACCACAGUACUCGCGUCCAGAGGAGCCGAGUUGAUCGAAGAAUUACGACAAAAACAAAUGUUGGUUCAAGAGGAACAAGAGAAAAAGAUAUUAGAGAAAAUCAAAGUUAAAAUGGAGAGGAUCAAAGCAAAUCAAAAGAAAAUACAGGGUGUUAUUAGUAAAGAACCACCUCACCACGAUAUCGAAGAGGACGAGGAGAGUCCCGGUGGCCAGUCGGAACAAGUGCCGCUGGUGCGCGGAGACUCCGACACGUCGGGCCGCGGCUACCACACGCCCGACAGUCCCGCCUCCCAGCGCGGCUUCCAUACUCCGCUCAGUGAACCCUCCGCACCACCCUCCCGCUCCCCCACCCCGUCGCCCCUGCCCCUCCCGGCAGCGCUGCCCGCGCCCGGCCCGCCCUCCCCGUCCUCCGCCCUCAUGACCGUCUCUCUCGAGGCGUACCUGGAGCCACGACGCAUAUCGUUCGAGUCCCCCCCUUCGUCGGAGUUGAACCCCCGCGCCCGCAGUCCGGAGGAGUCGUACCCGGUGUUCUCUCCCCCCCCGGUGCGCCGGCGCCACACGGUCGCGAGCCCGAGCGUCCUGCAGCGGACGUCCCUCAUAUCGCAGUCCAGCCGCGCCGAGCCUCACUCUCACCAUACGUCUAUUCGUUCCGGCGAUUACUACAUGUUUGAUGAGUUCGAUGACACCGACAUCCAUAUGAAAGACGACGAAUCCAGUUCCGACGAAGACGCGCCUAAAGAAAUGGGAUUCGGCAAGUUCGUGUCCACCGCGAUCAAGACGGACGUGCAGCGCGCCGUGUCGCUGCGCCGCGCCUCCGCGCCCGCCGUGCGCUCCUCGCGGCAUCUCUCGCUCGGCAGCUACCCGCUCUCCUAUCCGCAUGAGGUUCGAAGGAAACAAUCACAAGGGGAAAUUGUACAAGAGGGAGAUGUGAAACCGGCUUUAGGUGAGAGAGAAGGCGAUCCGCCCGGCUCUGACAUAGAUGACUACGCACCAUUGCCCGAACAAGAGACUGCAUUUGAAAAGCUGAAGCGUUUCAUGGAAACCGCUUGGGCGUUCAUUUCGAGCUUUUUGGUGUCCGUAACACGAUACCUGAUGCGAUACUCGCGCGAUUAUCGAUAUGUCUCACGAACUCUAUCCGUCGAGAAGAAGAUCCUAAAGGAAAAAGAAGGUUUCGGCAUCGGACUGAGGGAGGGCUCGCAGAUGAUCUGGGAACCGCUACCCGAGGCGUUGAUACAUCAACCUCGUAUCGAAGUGGAUAAUCUUGAUAAAAACCUACUGGCUCCUGAUGUUGAAAUGGGCAAGGAUGUGACAACCCUAGAGGAGCAGGACGAUUCUAUGUUUAAACAGGACAGAUCUCCAUUUUUACAUUUGACCUACGCCUUGUGGUACGCGGUGUUGGCGCACACUGACAUUGUGUGCUAUAUUAUGGUGUUUAUAAACCAGAUACAAUCCGCUACGAUUUUAUCUAUACCGUUACCACUAAUGGUGUUCCUGUGGGGCACACUGACAAUACCGAGGCCAACGAAGACCUUCUGGGUCACGCUUAUCGCAUAUACUGAGGUGAUAGUGUUGAUAAAAAGUAUGUUCCAAUUCGAAAUAUUGCCAUGGAAUCGCGACAAUGUACCAGCGAACGUUCCAUUCAGUACUGCACGCGUUAUUGGUAUUGAGAGGAAGCCGAACUACGCCAUCUACGAUUUAUUGUUGCUUUUGAUUAUAUUCCUGCACAGAUUCAUGCUGAAAUCACUGGGACUGUGGAAGGAAUCGUCUCCAGAAAUAGAACUGCGAGAGGACAUGGAGUACGCCCUGACGCCCGAGGAUACGCAGCUCGUGGUGGAGGGCCGGGCCGCCGAAGUGGCACGCAAAUUCGUGCAGCUGCACGACCGAAGCGGACCACGAGAAGGUGAGGAUGAUAAUGGCUCAAACAGAAGUAUCGGAGAGGGGGUACGCCUGCAAGAACAGCGCGACUAUGAAGAAGCGGGACCCUCGAAACCAAUCGACGAUGAUCAUUACAAUGUAAACGACGAUCAAGAGCCCAUUAUCGCUGUAACAACAACUAUGGAAGACACGUACAAGCAUUACCCGAAAGUCAUGCUUUUGUCAGUGAAGCGGUACUUGCGUCCGACGCAGCGUUUCUUCAAGCGGAUGUUGACGCCGGGCGCGCGCGUCACCGCCGACGUGUACGCGUACAUGUUCCUGUGUGACUUCUUCAAUUUCCUCGUCGUCAUAUUCGGAUUUGCCGCUUUUGGGACCCACCAGGGCGAUGGCGGCGUUCAAGCGUACAUAGAAGAGAACAAAGUGCCCAUUCCGUUUUUAAUAAUGUUGAUCCUGCAAUUCAUAUUGAUCAUCAUCGACCGAGCGUUGUAUUUACGAAAGUACAUGCUCGGCAAGAUACUGUUCCAAUACGCGCUCAUCAUCGGCGUUCACAUCUGGAUGUUCUUUGUGCUGCCCUUCAUCACGGAGAGGUCGUUCAACACAUUACCGCCCCCGCCAAUGUGGUACAUGAUGAAGUGCAUCUACCUGCUGCUGUCGGCCUAUCAGAUACGCUGCGGGUACCCGAGACGUAUCAUCGGGAACUUCCUCUGCAAGUCCUACCGAUUCCUCAACAUGAUAUGCUUUAGAGGAUUUAUGGCGGUUCCAUUUGUAUUCGAGCUGCGUACUUUAAUGGAUUGGAUAUGGACUGAUACUUCAAUGACCCUCAUGGACUGGCUUAAAAUGGAGGAUAUAUUCGCUAGUGUUUUCCUGUUAAAGUGUUCUCGCUACGUAGAAGAUGAAUUUCCCCAACCACGAGGCGUGAAGAAGUCGAGCACAUCCAAGUAUCUAUUGGGAGGCUGUGUACUGGCAUUCGUCAUUGCAAUAAUCUGGUUCCCGCUCGUUUUCUUCGCAUUUGGAAAUUCUGUUGGCGAACCGAACCCGCCGACUGACGUCACAGUCAAAAUACGAAUCGGGCCGUACCUCCCCGUCUACCAGAUGUCAGCACAAUCGCACAACAUCGAAGGAUUCACCGAACAAGACUACACCCAGCUGAGCAACAUGUACGGACGCAACCGAGCGGCGCAGACGUUCCUGUCGAACUACAUGUACAACGACAUCGCCGUCAUCUACAUCAACCCUAUAUCGACCAUGAACUGGGUCAUCUCGCCGCCUGAACUCAAACGACUCGAAAUGGAGGCUUUAUCCAAUGCGUCAUUACAAGUGAAAUUCACAUACGUGAUAACUCACCCGACGAACGCGGUCCCGAGCCCGCCAACCCUGGAGGACCAGCGCGAGGUCACGCUGCCGGCCUUCGUGGAGGGACGCGCCAACCCCGACCGCGGCCUGCUCACCGACAUGCUCAACGGCACCGCGCCCGCCGACGCCUGGUUCAACGUGUCGACUCUGUUUCCGAAGUUCAUCAAGGUAUUCAAUAAAGGCACAACAAAACCAGCGUCUCAACUCAUGCCCCCCGACGAUGACCCCGAUGCCCGGCAGUACCGAGACGUGCAGCUCCGCUUAGAGAGACAAGACUCCAACAUGUACUGGCGCGUACGCGAGAGAUGCGCCACGGGUGACUCGUUAGCUUCGCUUCCGUUGAACAACUGCGACAUGCUGGUCAUGUACACCUUCAACGAUAAACUCUUCCCAGAAACGUUAAACUUCAUAUCCGGAAGCGGUAUAAUCGGGCUGUACACGACGUUCGUGUUCCUCGCGUCUCGGAUACUGCGCGGCUUCUUCUCCGGCAUCUACACCAAGAUCAUGUUCGACGACCUGCCCAACGUGGACCGCGUGCUGCAGCUCUGCCUCGACAUUUAUUUGGUUCGGGAAGCUCUAGAGCUGUCUCUGGAAGAGGACUUAUUUGCGAAACUGGUGUUCCUGUAUCGGUCGCCGGAGACUAUGAUCAAGUGGAGUCGGCCCAAGGAGGAGCCCGAGGAGCAGCGAGCGCUCCCGCCCUCGCGCUCCGAGAGGAGUUGAGCAUGCACAUUAUAAAUCUCACGGAUAACUCUGACGAUCCACCACGUCCGUCGUUCUAACUCUUAAGGCUUCGUCAAAUAGAACAGGUAAUUAGCGCGCGUCAGUGCGCUAAACUGACGGCGCGCUAUGACGCCGAGAUGUGCUGUACUACUAUGGUAAC